GCCGCGUCGACUACACCGGUGUAAGCUGUCAAGCUGUCAACGCCUCGAAAUGGGGGACCAGCCAGAUGCUGCACCAAAGUUCUUCAAGGAUCCUGUCAUGCGUGACGAGAGUGAGAGGAUGGUGAUGGUGUGCGCUAUCACCGGCAAGCCAGAGCCCAAGGUGACGUGGCUGCACGGGGAGCACGAGGUGAAGAAGGACAAGAAGGUCAAGAUCGACAAGGACAAGGAAAAGGACAAGGAAAAGGGAGAGACCUACUGGGAGCACACACUCGUGAUCAUGGAACCAAAGAAGGAGAAUGCCGGCAAAUACAAGUGCGUGGCGAAGAACGAGCUGGGAGAGCUGACAGCCAACUUCACUCUGAGCAUUGGCGCGCCUGACGGGUCCGGUGACAUCACCCCAGAGUUCGUCGGCAAGCCAGAGAUCGUUCAGGGAGACAAGAAGAUUACGCUGCAGGAUCCGGCUAAACCAGAUGGCGGAAAAUACAAGUGCAAUGCCAGUAACAAGUACGGUGUGCUUAACGCCAACCUCUCUAUCAACUACGGAUAAGUCGCCACCUGGCGGAUAACCACACCUGUAGUUAAAAUCGCGCCUUAAUCCGACAAUCUUAGCUUCAUAGGCCGCAUUUGAUAUAUAGACGUGUAUGUUAAAUAUUUGAUUUAUUCUUCGGGGAAGAGAUGCAAUAAUGUUGAGUAAA